AUGAGCAACAAAAAAGUUCGUGUGGCUGUCACUCAGUCUGAGCCAGCAUGGCUGGACCUCGCUGCAGGUGUCAAGAAGACAUGCGAGUUAAUUGAAGAAGCUGGAAAGCAAGGCGCAAGCCUGAUUGCUUUCCCCGAAUGUUGGAUUCCAGGUUAUCCCUGCUGGAUCUGGUCUCGCCUUCUAGACGUUGGGCUAAAUAUUACCUACGUCAAGAACUCCCUGCGUCUCGAUUCUGUUGAAAUGAAAGCGAUACAGAAUGCAGCAAAAGCUCAUUCUAUCGCUGUCUCGUUAGGAUUCUCUGAGAAUGACAACAAUUCCGUCUAUAUCGCACAAGUGAUGAUUGGCCCAGAUGGACUAAUCAAGUCACACCGUCGAAAGAUGAAGCCUACACACAUGGAGCGUACCAUAUUUGGUGAUGCAUCGGGAGAGUGCUUUGCAAGCGUAUCGCAACUCCCGUUUGGGCGAGUUGGUGCUCUCUCAUGCUGGGAGCAUAUCCAGCCGUUACUGAAGUACCACACAUUCUCGCAGAAUGAGGACAUUCAUGUUUCUGCCUGGCCAAGCCUGACUCCUCACACUGGUGGCUCAGACUUGUGGUCAAUGUCGGCAGAAGGUUGCCAAAACUUGUCGCGCACUUAUGCAAUUGAGGCACAAAGUUUUGUCCUCCAUUGCACAGCUCUGAUAACGGAGAAAGGAAUUGAUCAGAUGAAAACGUCUGGUGGAGCGCUGAUGUCUUUCCCCGGGGGUGGGAGCUCCGCGGUAUUUGGACCUGACGGGAGGCUGUUGACUGAGCCCGUGGAAAGUACGACUGAAGCAAUCAUUUAUGCGGAUCUUGACAUGGACCAAAUUAUUGGCACCAAGCUCUUCGCAGACGCAACCGGUCAUUAUAGUCGCCCUGAUCUGAUGUGGCUGAAUGUUUGCAAGGAAGUGAAGAAGACCGUUCGCGAUGACACGGAUGUGGAUCUGGGCAACGUGAUCGCGGGUGAUUCACCCGGCCACAUGUAG